UGUUUGAGGUUACCUAAAAAGUGCACCGCACAAAAUAAUCGCUUCUUAUCAAAGAAUUGGAUUUAUUAUUAAUUGUAAAUGCAGUGAAAACCACAAUUGGAACAUUCCUCAGUUUUGUAAAACAUAGAACUGCCAGUAUCAACAGAAAUGUGACGAAUUCAAGAACACAUGUAUCGCACCGACAACUCCUAACCUAUACAAUUUUCGAUUGCGUUUUUUAUGAAUUCUGUAUAUGUAAUUAAUAUAAAUUAACAAAAAUGAUUGUCAUGACUUGUCAGCGAUUGUUGAUGAAGUCUACUUUAUGUACGAAUGUUAAUAAUUUGCGUAAUGCUGGGAUUGUUUUUUUGCAAUCUCAAAGAAUGCUUGCGACGGUAUUUUCCCCCGUUCUUCGCACGAGUUCAAAACUAGAAUAUCAGAAUUUAUUUCAUACUGAUCCGCAAUUUUCUACCCUUACAAAGGGAAGUGGUUCGAAGGGAAUUCAAGAAAAUAUUUCGUCGCUGCAGAUGAAAAAAAGACCUUUAAGGAAAAAGAAAUCUUUCUUUGAUGAAGAAGACAUUCCAGCUCCGGGGUUUUGGAAAGUUAAAGCAUUGGCCACCGCCGAGGAAUAUAAUUUAGAAGGACUUAUGGAUGGUCUCCUAAAACAAGAUUUGUAUAUACCCCAAAAAAUUCGCACAUCUACUAAACCCGUGCCUGACGUUGUUCAAGCUGUGGCCAAAUACGAAGUUGGUGAAGAACCUCGAGAAAUUUACUUUUUUCGAGAGGGCACAAUUGUUAUGUGGAAUAUUUCGGAAUUGGAACUAGGAAAUGUUUUACAGUUUUUAAGGAAAUAUGAAGACAACAGUUAUUCCGACGAAUUAGUUCAAGCAGAGGGAGAAGUCAUGACGUAUACUUACUGUAAAAAUGGAAAAAAGAGUCAUCUAAAAGAUGGAGACAUAAUACUAACUUCGCAUGCCAACGAGCUUGAUAAAUACACUUUUUCGAAUGCGAUCUCGCAGUCAGUAAAAUUGGGAAUCUGGGAAGCUUCUCUAAAUCAUUAUGUAGACUCCAUUGAGUUCGUGACUGAAGACCUGAAAGCUGGCCGAAAAAUUAAAAUGACUCGAGAACAGGUUCUGAGAAAACAAGGCGAGCUUUUUGCUUUGAGGCAUUUGAUCAAUCUGAGUUCAGAUUUGCUGGACACGCCUGAUUUUUACUGGGAACGAGAUGCUCUCGAGACUUUGUAUCAACAAACGUGUGCUUAUUUCAACAUUGCGAAACGUACUAGGGUGAUGAAUGAAAAAAUAAACCAUUGCGUGGAACUCGUGGAGCUCUUAUCUUCCCAUUUAAGUGAUAAACAUCAUGUUCGUUUGGAAUGGAUGAUUAUCGUUCUCAUCAUGGUAGAAGUUGUUUUUGAAAUUUCUCAUUAUAUCGACAGAUAUUUGGUCAAAUCAGAAAAGGAGUAGAGAGCAGUAUCUUAUAGGUUAGUGGUGCUAAUUAAUUUUUUAUUAGCAAAUCGAAUGUAUAAAAUGAUAAAAACUAUCUUAAGAAAUAUUUUUAAUAAUUAUUUGUAAAAUAUAUAUGUAUUAUAGAAAAUAGUGUUAAUCUACCGAAAUAAAUUUCGAAGUGACUUUUUUCUACAA